UCGACAUCUUGACGAUGGCGACCAGAUGAGCUUACUUUCGUCUUGUGUCCUUCCUGCGCGAAACCGGUCCACACGUGGGAACGCGUGGAGGCCGACGCCGGUCCUCCGACCGGAUGGGUGCAAUUUAAAUGCAAUGAGAGAGAAGUCAGUUGCAGACAUCGGCGACGGCGACGGCGACGGCGACGACAACGAGGAAGACGACGAAGUGAAGCCUCCCAAAAUGCUCGCCACCAUCCUUGCACCUAUUGCCAACCUCAAUGCCCUGCUGCUCUCGACGCCUGUCCAUGCUGGACUGUUUCCUUACGCUCUCCUCCCCACGCUCCACGCCGCCCGCAUCUCGCUGCUGCACCGCGCACUGAGCGAAAAGGCCUGGGAGGCGACGAGCGACGAUGUGCGCCGGACGAGGGGCAAACCGACGUGGGCAUACAACAUCGUCGGAUUUCUCGUCAUGUGCUGGGGCGGCUCCCUGAUCAACAACGUCAUCCUCACCUCGACGCCGCCCUUUUUGCUCUCGAUCCAUCCCUUUAUCAACUACGUGUCCGUCCACCUGCUCCUCAGCGUCGUCCUCUCGCUCUUCCCGAGCCUGACACCCCCGCUCUACCUCGUCGACACGUCCCUGCCGCUCCUCGAUGGAUGCCUGCGCACCCAGGCCGUCGUCGUCUCGCUCGACAUGGUCGCCCGGAGCCCCAACGCGGCCGUCCGGAGCUCGCUGCUGAUCCAGCUCAUCGCAGGCGUCGUCGGCUCCACCGGCGGCGGCCAGCUCGCCGGCACGCUCGGCCUGCUCAACCCCGCCGGCUGGACGCUCUCGACGCCGCCGUUGCUCGGCGCGCGCUCCGUGCUGCCCAUCAUUGACAUCUACGCUGCCUUUUUCGCCACGGCCGCCUUUGGUCUGACAACGGCCUCCAACGCCGCCUACGAGCCGUGGAUGGCCCGGCUCCACGCGGGCAAGACGGGCCCGAUCCUGUCGCCCGCGGGCGGCCGUGCCCUCGCGACGCUCAUCUUUGCCGCGGCCUUUGCCUACCGGGCUCUGAUGCUGCAUUGGGUCGCUGCGCCCCCAGCGGCGACAACAAGCAAAAAGACGCGCGCCGUCAAUGGGAGCGCAGGAGCCAAUGGCCACCCCAAGACAUCAAGCCGGGCCAAAGCAGCCGCGUGAAGGUUCCGCGAGAAAGGAAAGAGAAAGGGGGGGUAAUAAAAGAGAAAUGAUGCCAGCGGAUGUAAUUACCGUGAGAGGGCGAAACUUGCUGCAUUCGUGCUUUGAGAAGAUGUGACUCUGAGGGCAAGAAGAUGAAAGGUCUAGAAA